CCUACCUAAAUAUUAGCUCUUCGAGCAGCACCCACUCAACACCCUCCUCGGAGACACAAAGGACGCAAAGGACAACUCUACACACAGCCUACAGAGAAUCUACAGAGAACCGCUAGAGAACCAGCAAAGGAACAUCAGAGAGCAACAUGGUGUCAGCAGGACUACAGAUAGGCGGCACUGCCCUGGGCAUCCUCGGCUGGAUCGGCGUGAUCAUCGUGUGCGCCCUGCCCAUGUGGCGCGUGACGGCCUUCAUCGGCAGCAACAUCGUCACCUCGCAGACCAGCUGGGAGGGCAUCUGGAUGAGCUGCGUGGUCCAGAGCACGGGCCAGAUGCAGUGCAAGGUCUACGACUCCAUGCUGGCGUUGACCUCUGACCUCCAGGCGGCCCGCGCCCUCUGCAUCAUCUCCAUCCUCGUGGGCAUCGUGGGCAUUCUGCUGGCCACGGCCGGCGGCAAGUGCACCAACUGCAUCGAGGACGACAGCGUCAAAGCCAAGGUGGGCAUCGCGUCGGGCGUGACCUUCAUCAUCGCCGGCAUCCUCUGCCUCAUCCCGGUCUGCUGGACGGCCAACACCAUCAUCCGGGAGUUCUACAACCCCUUGGUGGUGAGCGCGCAGAAGCGGGAGCUGGGCGCCGCCCUCUACAUCGGAUGGGGCGCCUCCGCGCUGCUCCUCAUCGGCGGGGCCCUGCUCUGCGCCAACUGCCCCAAGGAGGACACCUACUCCGCCAAGUACUCCGCCGCCCCACGCUCCAACAUGUACGACUCGCUGCUGGCCCUCAGCUCCGACCUCCAGGCGGGACGUGCCAUGACCAUCAUCUCCAUCCUGGUGGGCGUCUUCGGCAUCGUGUUGUCCGUCGCCGGCGGGAAGUGCACCAACUGCAUCGACGACCCGGGCUCCAAGGCCAAGGCGUGCAUCGCCGCCGGCGUGCUCUUCAUCAUAUCGGGGCUGCUGUGCCUGAUCCCCGUGUCCUGGUCGGCCAACUCCAUCAUCCAGACCUUUUACAAUCCUCUGGCCAUCGCGGCGCAGCGGAGGGAGAUGGGCGCCGCCCUCUACAUCGGAUGGGCCUCCUCGGGGCUCUUGCUGCUGGGAGGGGGGCUACUGUGCUGGAAUUGCCCCCCGAAGCAGGAGUAUCGCUACGAGACCAAGUACGCUCCCCCCACCAGGAGCAGCUCCUCUCCCAGGGAGUACGUGUGAGAGGUGUCCAGAGAACAGACUGCUAAUACAGACCUCCCAGUGCCCUCCUCACAGCUGUGUGUGGAUGUCACCUCUGUGUUCUUAUUGUUUUCAUUGUUUAUUUUUGUAGCACAUACAUGUAAACAAUGUACACAGUGUAUCAUUUUGUUUUGUUUUGUUUUUUUUUCAUUCUAACUUUUAAAAAAAGAGACAAAACCAUUAUGUUAAAUUUUGACUUACAAAAGUAUCCUACCAAUGAAAUGCCAAAUUAAAAUGUGGAAAUAGUUGGCGCUAGGACAUAUAAUUGAUACAGUCUACCAUAGUACAAGGUCAGAAAUAUGUGGGUGUAAAUAUUUAAAUUUCAAAACUUGUGCCAGUGGUUGACGAGAAACCAUGAAGUCAAAUAUGCUAUUUUUCUAUGUUUGUUUUCAGUUGCUGUUUAAUGAAUGGUACAAGUUGUUUUCACGUACCCAUGAAUAAAACACGUCACAGCAAGCAGUCA